CUCGGCCGUCAAGCGUCAGCAGCUACAAAUACCUUCUCCCAUCUCCGUCUGUUCUCCGGCCCCUGGAAAACGGGGCGAAACCUGGCGAAAUCGAAAGCACAGCUCCCUCGCCCACCUGCUCCCCCCUCCCCCACCCGGCCUCGCCGCCCGUCACCGGCGGGCUCCCCCUCGCCGGAUCUUCUCGUCGGCGCGGAUCGACCUCGCGCGCGUCCGAGAUGAGGUGACGUCGGACUCGGAGAUGAGAGUGGAAAACCCCAGCAAGGCCCCCAGGUGGAUCUGAAAACUGGUACAAAAUGGACAACCCAUUGAACCUUCCUCCUGGUUCAGUGCAGCCAAACUUCUGCUCGGCCUUCUACGCCCGCAAGUCAGGAAGUGCCGCAACAGCGGCAUCGCUCUCCCAGGCGCUGCCACUGUGGCCUCCGGUGCCAUGGCCUACACUAAUGGUUAGAAAGCACCACAUGCCAUUUCCUACUCAACCCGCAGCUAAGAAGCUGCAGGUGCGGCGGCUUUCACCUGUGCUGUCGCAAGAUUUACCAUUGCGGGAGGCAUUGCAAGUUGCAGAGCUGCCACCACCAAGGGUACAACUGCGCCCAUUGCAACAGGCACCCCCAGUUCUGAAACAAUCGUUGCCCAAGACGGAGGUGCCGGUGGUGCUGCCAAUGCGUGCAACCUCUGUAGACGUGAGAUGGAAUGCUCGAUAUCCAUGGAGUGAAACAUCAUGUGAAUCCACAGACAGGACAUCAAGGAGGACACAAUGCAAGUGCAAGAACUCGAAAUGUCUGAAGAAGUAUUGUGAGUGUUUUGCAUCAGGUAGAUACUGCAAUGAUUGCAACUGCAAAAACUGUUAUAAUAAUGUUGGUCAUGAGGCUGCAAGACAGGUUGCUAUAGAUGCUGCAAUGGAAAGGAAUCCUAUGGCCUUUAUGCCCAAAAUUGGGAACAUCCCUCCACAUGCAGCCCAGAACCGCGAGUUUAAAGUAGCAGAAGGCCCUCUUGUGGGUAAGCACAUGAAGGGGUGCCACUGCAAGAGAUCCGAGUGCCUGAAGAAAUACUGUGAGUGCUUUCGAUCUAAUAUCCUCUGUUCAGAGAACUGCAAAUGUAUGGAUUGCAAGAACUAUGAGAGCAAUGAAGAUAGGAAAGCAAUACGCCGUAUCACCCGGCACCAGCAGCACCUUGUCUAUGCACAUCAUAUGCAGAAUCCUGCUACAAUGGGUAUUACUGGACCAUAUGCGGCUCUUUCUCCUGCAGCAGAAAAGCUCUCCAAUCUCUCAGUGGCUUCUUCAGGCAGAGAUCAGCUCAUCAACAACAAUGAUUCUUCACAAGUGACUUCGUCUUUGCUCACUCCUGUUCCUAUAGAAGGCACUAAAAGUGCCGUCAAAGUAGAACCGCAUGGAGUUACUUACAGGCCACUUUUAGCUGAUGUUAUCCAGAUAGAGAAUGUCAAUGAGCUCUGUAAAGUAUUGCUUCUAGUAUCAAGGCAAGCUGCUGGAGCAUCCGUAGGUGUUAAGGAGAACACUAACAGAAGAAAAUUAGAUCAAGCAGAUAGUUGCCUUUCUUCCAUAAACCAUGACAUGGAAGCAGUCGAGAAACAGCGCGAUGAACAAGUUUGCUCAACAGAAAACAGUUUAACCGCAGUUCCUGUUUCUGAAGUAAGGGCAGGAGCAGCAAGGUCCGACCCUUCUGAUACAUGCAAGUAUGACAGAAGACCGGUGUCCCCUGAAACCCAGAAACUGAUGUGUAACGAGCAAGAUCGGCUUUUCCUGACACCAAGCGUUGCAGCUGUAAUUCCCUCGGCCACCAAACAGAGAUUGCCAGACACUUACAAAGAGCAAGAGAAGCGCAUUCUGAAAACCUUGCAUGACUACCUUGGUGAGCUUGUGAACUGCGGAAGGCUUCAUGAAGAGAAGCUCUCUUCGAUGCCAUCGAAGUUCUUCCACGAGCAAACUUCCGUUGGCAGCAGUUGCGGUUCGUCGUCCGUAUCGAGGGUCGCAGAGGUUGCUAGGGUUGGACAAACAAUCCGACAGUCGCUCCAUUCUCCAGCAAGUGUCAAGUCACCAGGUCUGUAGCCGAUUCGAGAAGUGGGAUGAGCAGCCCAGUGCCAUGAGCAUGCUGUAGCCAGAACGAGCAUUUCAUUGCCCGCGCAAAAUGGCCGCCCGACAAUGGCAUAUAGCAAACCUAGAGUGCUAACCUAGAGAACCUGAUGGGUGGAUUUCAGGAUUUGGUUUGAGCAGGUUGCUAACCUUCUCCGAGUAUUAUCACUCAUCCCUUUGUACUAGACACAUGCAUUGCCUUAGCCAAUUGAAGUUUCACGUACGUCGUGGACAUGAGUGAUAAUAUCUCGCCCGUGAUCACCUGAAGAAGCAAGCUCUUUUGCUGAGAUUGUGACAUAUAUUACUCCCACUGUAAAGAAAUAUAAGAUCGUAUAGAGGGAGACCGUCCCUGUCCGUUAGGGGGCAUGCACCAUAGAGGCUGGCGUGGUGAGCACAGGCACAAUAGACGGCGUCUCCGCGCCGUUAGGGCCAGGCUGCUUCUGAAGUUGACAGAGCUGGAAGUUGCAGUUCUCGAAGUGAUGAUUGGCUGCAGCACUGGUGCGGUGCCCCUGCUUCUCUGGACGGGGACCUGAACGUUGCCGCUGGCGUGGCCAGAUCGCAGGAAGCCGCUGAGCAGUCAACCAAAAGCCCCGACCUUUUUUUUGAGAGGUAAUAGCCAAAUUUAUUCAUCAAAUAUCACGUCACAGAGUGUGGGAUAGUAUAACUUAGAUCAAGGGGUUGGUCAAACCAGACGCGGCGCUUCGAACCUAGCAAAAGCGAGAACUUGACUAGACUAUGUGCUUCAAAGUUGACAACACGACUCAAAAGUAAAAUUA